AUGCCACCUCAUGCUCUGAUCGUGAACGAUGACGGACCGCCGUCAGCGACAUCACCGUAUGUCCUUGAUCUGUAUCAGAAACUUGUUGCACGUGGGUGGAAUGUGCGUGUCGUUCUCCCAAGCUCGCAAAAGUCAUGGAGCGGCACCAACUACAGUGUGACGUCGUCGCGGGUACGAUACUGGUACUACUAUCCACUGCGUGACAACUUUCUAGGCACGCAUCCAGACACGCACCUAUGCUGGAGCCAUGUGCGUCGAAAAAUUAAUACAGAACGCGGAGAAAUUGGCGAGUGGGUACUCGUGGAUGGCGUGCCGUCGACAUGUACGAACAUUGGACUGUACACGGGCGAGGCCCUUUUAGGCGGUGACGCCGGUCCGAUUGAUCUUGUGCUGUCUGGCCCGAACUUUGGGCGUAAUACAGGCACUGCCUUUUCGAUUUCGUCUGGCACGUUGGGAGGAGCGUUGUCGGGAUCGCUGUGCGAUGUACGAUCGAUUGCGAUCAGUUUUUGCCACUUUAUGCAAGACCCGCCGACGUUGGACAAGAGUCGUGCGUCUGGUCCCGCUCUCGCGCCCGAUGCUUUCGAUGCUAUGGCACGACUCGCGUGUGAGCACACCGCUAGGCUAUGUGAGAAAUUGUACGAUGCAUGGGAUACAGAUACGAAUGUCGAGUCGUACUCGAUCAAUGUGCCGAUCGCGGAGACACUCACACAACCGUCCGUGUACUGGACACGGAUCUGGUCGAGUCGUCAUGAACAACUAUAUCCCCUGCCGUCCGAUCGAGAUAACGAGGAGCGCGUCAAGCCCCUGGGUAUUGACCCCAAGGAGCCAGUGGACGAGGAUCCCGCGUGUUCCUACCUCGCUUUCCGCCCCAAUCUGAGCCGCGCCAUGUGCCCUUCAGACCCACAGCCUGGCACGGAUGCCUGGGCCAUUCAUCACGGCUACAUUUCCAUCUCGCGCCUGGUUGCGCGCUUCGAGCAUGUCGAACCAGGUACACGCCCACCUCCUCAGCUAUAG